GAGUAUUAAGUGAUACAUCCAUGCUGCAGUGUGUCAGGUUAUUAAUUUUAAAGUCACAUCUUUAUGCAUUUUAAGGGACUAGCCUUGCAUGUGCUGCCCCAUCAAGCAUUGGCAGGAGAGUCUGCCUCCCCCUGGCAUCCCGCUAUGAAAUCCUGGGUGUAAUUGUAGGGUACUGAGGCAGAACAAGAGUAAUCAGAUCAGUCCUGAGAAAGAGAGCAUACAUGGAGACAACACUAGAUUAACACCCCCCCCCCACACACACACCACUAACACCACAUCCCUGAUUAAAUUACGAUGAGAUCCUGCAAGUAGGUAAACGAGAGAGAGAGAGAGAGAGAGAGAGAGAGAAAGAAAGAGGAAAAUCUGUGUGAGGGAGUGGGAGGAAGAAUGAGCCAGAAAGGGUGGUAGCGCAGUACGAGCGAGGGAGCGAAAGCUUGAGAAUGGAGACAGGGAGUGAGGGAGUAUAUGGCAGGAAGCGUGCAAAAUCCAGAGGAAAAGAAAUGCAGGGAGUUUGAUGGAAAACGGAGGACCUCUGCAAGCGACAGGACAGCAACAGCAAAGUCAGAGCGAGAGAGAAAGGGGGCAUAGGAAAAAACACCAGGAUAACAUCAGUAACAACCCCUGGGAGGAAGCGAUGAAUCAGAGGGUGGGGGUCAGAGUGAAGAAACAUGCAAGAGAAAGUUUGAAAGUAGAGAAGAUGCAAAAUAUCAUCUGGUGAUGACGAGACCUGGACACUGGAAGGAGGGACACAUCCUCUUAAAAGUCUCCUCCUGAGGCCACAGCAUGCUCCCAGAGACUAAACGACCAACCACGCUAACCCGGUUUCAGUUACAAAAUGGAUUACAAGCUCAGAGGGAUAUGGGCCAACAACUGCCAAGACCUCAAGCGGACCUCCUCGCCUAUUUGGGGAAUGGGGACUACAUAAUGAACACUUGUGGACCAAUGCAUGCAAAUUCCUCCUCCAAUGGAUACAAUCACACUUCUAAGCAACGUCUAGCCAACCAGGGGGGUCACGCACGACUAGACGUGGCUGGACAGGGCAGUCAGGCAGAGUUAACCAGAGUGCUGCAACAUAACAGCGUCUCUGUGAACUCCAGCUCGAGAGAAUGCAGCCUUGUGGUCCACCAACACCAGACCGAGCCACACCUCUCCUUGAGGAAGUGUGUUCUAGACUCGCCAACACAGUUCAGGGGUCAUGGAAACUGUGGAGCGCCUGUUUGUGUGGUGGUGCAACAAUCAGGCUCUGUGAGAGGGCCCCUUAUUAAGAAGCGACAUGCAUUGGACUGGACGGAACCCUAUGAAGACUGCUUUGGCGCUCACAAUUCAACCUUUAAAUAUGAACUCUGCACUUCUAAUGGACAGGGAGCUUUAAGUAGAUCGUUGGGACACCGAUCGCAAGACUUAAAUAGACCCAGUCCGGCACAUGAAGUUAUGAUCUCUACCAAAGAUGCCAACAAACCCAGUAUUAACCACCAAACGAAAGUUGCCCAAGAGGGUCUCAAUGGACCAGGAAGUGGGAAGACACAAAGAGCGAUUCAGGACCAGAUUGAAAGAGUCAUGGUGAAUCUUGAGGAGGUUCUACGUGGCCUGAAAGAGAUACAUCUGGAAAUGAAGGAGGUGGUCGAGCAGAUAGAUGUGUUGACGGCCGGCAUUGACAUGGGUGAAGAGGAACCAGGGGACUCUUUCUGGGGAUGCCACUCGAGUGCAGUGGAUACGGGUGUAUGUGAGUUGGAGUCAUCAAGACGUGGAAUCAACGGGGAGGCGUCCUCUAAUGGGGCACACUCUGACAAGCCACCAUUCAGUGUAAAAGGCAAAAUAACACUUUGUUCAUCAAGCAAAGCCCAUCCUUCACGCACAAGAAACCCACCAGCAUACCCCAACAAAGAUCAAGGGCUUUGCGAUACAAAUCAAAGACAAGAAUCAACUCAGGAGAUGGUCGCAUCCCAAAGAAACGAAUCAGCGUCUGUGACAGGACGCAGGGGCCGUAAGCCCCCUCCUUACCCCUUUGCCAGCACAGUCGGAAGAGUGAAUCCUAAAGCAAAAGACAAAGGUCAGAAAACGCCACCUUACCCUUUUAGACGGAGACUGCUCUCGACUAUUGUUUGAGCGGACAGUGGCUUCAGGGCACAGAGCAGAACACAACACACUAUCUUUGAAAGAAGGCCGUAUACAGUGUGACAGGCACCUUUAUGAAAUAAUAAAAGGAUUCCGACAUACCCCAAAGAUUUUGAUGGAUUUCUCAUGGAACACCAGCGUAAGACCAGAAAGUACAUCCCUCUGUCCACCCACGGCUGUCUGGGACUGAGAGAGAAAAAGAUGGAGGAAUAAGUGACACCAGACACUAAUGAAGCAGCUGUGGGCUGAAUAAUAAAGAUCCUGUCUGAGAAAACGCGAGUCUAUGGAGCACUUGUUUCAAACAUGCUUUUGAACUUCUGCUAUUUACACAGGGGACAAGGCCACCAGCACGCCAGUGUCAGCUCACUACUGAGAAUUUCUAUUUAAUCUAAAGAUAAAGACGUUUUCAUGAAGUCUUGAAUUGCAACACCUGCACACAAAAGGCUGACUGCUUUUGAUCUGAGAGUCGAUGAGCUUUAGGUGUCUGAAAUAAGGCUUAAUAUGAAGCAAAUGUCAAAAUCUCGACUGACGUGAUAUCUUAAACAUGCUCUGGAAAUAUCUGAUGAUUCUUUUUAUGUGCAAAUUUAAAAAAAUAAAACGUAUGUCCUGAAUAUUCUCAAUCUUAUAAAUGCACGUUUCUUCAUAUUAAGUCAUGUAUUCUGUAGAUUGCUGAAUGUUGACAAGUAUUGACGGGAAGUUUGAAAUGAUUU